AUGCUGGCAUUCUUCAGAAGAUACAUGUCAUCUCAGGCUCACCCAACUUCCCUUCCGUGGUUCAAAAACGUGCCAUCUGCACCAGCGGAUCCCAUUUUGGGAGUGACCGAGGCGUUCAAAAAGGAUACGAACCCGAAUAAAAUAAAUUUGGGUGUCGGCGCUUAUCGUGAUGAUCAGGGCAAACCAUUCGUUCUCCGUGCUGUCCGUGAAGCGGAACAGCAAAUCGUCGAUGCUCGACUCGACAAAGAAUAUUCCACCAUAACAGGAGUUCCCGAGUUCUCACCUUUGGCAGCCAAGCUCGCAUUCGGCGAGAAUUCUGAAGUUAUUCGUGAAGGAAGAGUUUUCACGACUCAAUCGAUUUCCGGAACAGGAGCGCUCCGAAUUGGUGGACAAUUCGUUGAGAAGUUCAUUCAAUCGAAGACACUGUACUAUCCAACGCCAACGUGGGCUAAUCACUUGCCAGUUUUCAGAAACUCUGGUCUAACCAUACUUCCAUACCGCUACUAUAACAAAUCUACUCUUGGAUUCGAUGCGGCUGGAGCACUUGAAGAUAUCUCCAGAAUGCCGGAAGGAUCCGUUAUUCUACUGCAUGCGUGUGCACACAAUCCAACUGGUGUCGAUCCAACUAAAGAUCAAUGGAAAGAGCUAUCCCGUGUUCUAAAAGAUCGUAAAAUACUCCCUUUCUUCGACAUGGCUUAUCAAGGGUUUGCUUCGGGAGAUGUCGAUGAUGAUGCUUUCGCUCUCCGCUACUUCGUCGAACAAGGUCACAAUGUGCUAGUUGCUCAAUCGUUUGCGAAGAACAUGGGGCUGUAUGGAGAACGUGUUGGCGCACUAUCGAUUGUUUGUGAUUCGGCCGAAGAAGUGUCUCGUGUCGGAUCGCAAAUGAAGAUUAUCAUUCGCCCAAUGAUUUCCAUGCCGCCACUUCACGGUGCACGAAUUGCCUCUCGGAUUUUGAACGACCCUUCAUUGAAACAGUCAUGGCUUGAAGACGUCAAACUGAUGGCCGAUCGUAUCAAAUCGAUGCGUGCUGCUCUCAAAGAAGGACUCAAAGCAGAGGGAUCCAUCCGUGAUUGGGAGCAUAUUACCAACCAAAUCGGAAUGUUCUGUUUCACUGGAAUUACUGAGGAACAGGUCCAGAAACUUAUAAAAAAUCACUCCGUCUACCUUACCAAUGACGGCAGAAUUUCCAUAUCCGGAAUUAACACUGGAAAUGUUGGCUAUCUGGCGAAGGCUCUUCACGAGGUCACAAAGUGA